CAGCUUUUCGGUUUCUAUCCUCCUGUAGCUGAACUGCAGAGUCUGCACUCCGAGAUGAGUGCUGCCGAGCCUGCAGAAACUUUUGUGAGCAUACUUGGUACAACACCCCGCCUGCAGGAGGGCGAGAUGGGUAAAAAGUUCCAAGGAAAAUGUCUAAGAUUCGUCUGCACUGAGUCUCCUGUUAAGCUUUACUGCUGCUAUGCAGUGAUCAUGGCUCUCACUGUAGCUGUGAUUGUACUUUCUGUUGCUUUGUCAUUGCCAGCAAGAAGCCCAGAACAGACCUCAAUGAAAAAUACCUAUGCUUAUUGCCCGAGAAACUGGAUUGGAUUUGGUAGUAGAUGUUUUUAUUUUUCUGAAAACACAAAUAACUGGACAACCAGCCAGACCUUCUGCAAAGAACAAGAAGCCCAACUAGUUCAUUUUGACAGCUGGGAGGAUCUGAACUUCCUGAGGAGAUACAAAGGGACUUCUGACUACUGGAUCGGCCUGAAGAGAGAGUCAUCAGAGCACCCUUGGAUGUGGACAGACAACACUGAAUACAACAACUUGACUCACAUCCAAGGAGUGGGAGACUAUGCCUACCUGAAUAAGAAUGGCAUCAGCAGCGCCAGAGUCUAUGCAGACAGGAGAUGGAUCUGCAGCAAGCCCAGCAACUAUACACUUCAGUGCCAAAUUCCUCUCUCUUCUUUUUAGUCUUUGCCAAGAAAUGCUUUGUAACCUGGUAUCUACAGUUGCUGCUCUAUCCCCUAUCUUGAUAGAUAUCAAAAGGAACUGUGAAUAUUUGUGUUGACAUCACAAAUGAAAACCAUCUCGGAGAACUGCACAUACAGGGGUUUAGAAGAACAUGGAUGAGUCUAAAACAGGUGUUAACACUCAUACCUUAAACCUGCAGUACAAUUAAUGUUAGUGAACCCCACUUUUAUGAUAUGAAGUUCUUGUGCGGACAGUCCUCCUUUUGAGUUUAUGAAAUUACAAAAACGAGUUCCUCAAAGUUCACUUGCCCUUGGACUUCAGUAAUGAAAAGCAGAGGGCAGUGGUGGCAUAAGUCUUUAAUCCCAGCACUCAGGAGACAGAGGCAGGUAGAUCUCUGUUAGUUCAAGUUCAGUUCAGUCCACAAAGUGACCCAGAGACAGCUUGUUUCAGAAAAAAAAAAAAAGAAAGAUAGAAAGAGUGAAAAGAAAGAAAAGCAGAAUGACUGGUGUGGUGACACACACCUGUAAUCCCAGCUACUUCAGGGUUGAAACAGGGCGGUCACAGGUUCAAAGCUAAGGACUGAAAGUAUGGGCAUGAUUUAAUAAUGAUAGAUGACCAUUUGCACCAUCCCAUAAUUUGGGAAAACACACUACACAUUCUUUUUUUUUUUUGUUUUGUUUUUCAAGACAGGGUUUCUCUGUAUUCUUUUAGAGGCUGUCCUGGAACUUGCUCUGUAGAACAGGCUGGCCUCGAACUUACAGAAAUCUGCCUGCCUCUGCCUCCCGAGUGCUGGGUUUAAAGGCCUUCACCACCAACCCCCCCCAACUACACAUUCUUUUCAAAAUUCAUUCCAACAUAUAGAAGAAUUUAAAAAGUAUUUAAAAUGAAGAUUUACUUUAUACUCUGCAUUGUAAAACAUUAGUGACAUUGUCAAAAUGUUUCUCUACUUUAGUUUUCAACUAUAUUCUUCUGCUCUAAGUACAUCUUUUAAACAAAUUUUAGUUCCACCAUUUGAUUGGAUCUAUUUCACUCAAAUUGCAGUUAGUUAAGUUUCUCUUAACUAACUUCAAUACUUAAUCUAUCAGUAGUAUGUAUACUAUUGAGCCCUAAAAUCAAAGUAUUUAAAAUCUUCAUAGAGUAGCUACAUUGUACUGAUGAGUCCCAAAAAGGAUGAAAUACCAGGUUACAAAGCAUCUCUUGGCCUCUUCAUCUCUUCCUCUCCCUCUUGUUCUGUUCAAAAAUACUUUUAUGUCUAGUUAUUUUAUGUCCAUUGCUUGCAAAUAUGUAUAUAUGCACACACCCUCUGUGUUGGCAGAGAUCAGAAAGCAUCAGCUCCCUGGAACUGGAAUUACAGACUGAUGUGAGUGGCCAUGCAGGUUCUGAGAAUGGAACCCAGGUCUUCUGCAAGAACAAGCGCUCUUCACUGCUGAGCCAUCUCUCUAGCCUUCAAAGUCUUCUGCCUCCAUGUUUCUUGUAUUGACACUUCUUGGCUUUGUGAAAGUAGUGUGUAUCUCCAGUCA